CUUUCUUAUUCUACAGUUAAAUAAUCCUGAUUAACUGUGUGGUACGAGACACCAAGCAGGUUAUGUAUUAAAGUUUGUUUGCUUUUGAAUGCAGUUCGGCAUUCGAGAGGGCAUUAAAAACCUGUUUUAACUGAAAAAUGCUCCCAGGCUUACCACUGGCGUAGGCUGAAUUACACUGCUCAUUUUCCGCACUCUUAUUACAAUCAUAAAAUGCCAUUGCCAUCCACAACUCAUCUCAAUCUUGCAGCAUUAUGUUGGAGGCGGCGCUGCACAUUCUGCUUACUACACACAGUAUCCCUCAAGACUACUCUACGUAUCUUCAGUUAUUGCAGAACUGUAUUCUCAAGAAUGCGCUCUCACAGGGGAAAAAAGUCCACUCUUUCAUCGCUCACAGGCGAUUUGCCUUUGCUACACGCACGACUUUUCAUAAUAAGCUUAUUUACAUGUAUAUCAACUGCGGAAGUUUGGUUGAUGCCCGAAAAGUGUUUGACCACAUGAAAGAACGAGACAUCCUCUCAUGGAAUUCGAUUAUUUCAGCAUACAGAAAACAUGGGCAACCAAACGAGGCAGUCAAAGUGUUUCACAAUAUGCAACAAACAGGUCUCCAACCCGAUAAGAUCACAUUUGCCAGCGUACUUCCAGCCUGUGCCAAAAUGGGGGCUUUGGAACAAGGUAUGCACAUCCAUCAAAGUAUAAAGGAUAGAGGAAUUUUGUCAGAUGUUAUAGUUGCAAGUUCCCUGGUCGACAUGUACGCAAAAUGUGGAAGGAUAGACAAGGCACGGGAACUGUUUAACGAAAUGCCUCAGAGAGAUGUCAUUUCAUGGAAUGCAAUGAUUGCAGGAUUUACACAAAAUGGAUUUGUUGAAAAUGCGUUAGAAACUUUUAAGCAAAUGCAAUUGGCAAAUGUAAAGCCAAAUUCUACAACCUUUGCCAGCAUCCUACUUGCCUGUGCCAAAAUGGGAGCUUUCGAACAGGGUAUGGACAUCCAUCAAAUCAUAAUAGGAGGAGGAUUUUUGUGGGAUAUUAAAGUUGGAAAUGCUCUGUUAGACAUGUAUGCAAAAUGGGGGAUCAUGGACAAAGCAUGUGAACUAUUUGAAAGAAUACCAAAAAGAAAUGUGGUGUCAUGGACUGUGAUGAUUGCAGGGUAUGCUCAAAACGGAUUUGUUGAAAAGGCUUUAGAAACAUUCAAGCAAAUGCAAUGGGCAGGUGUAAAGCCAGACUCGACAAGCUUUGCCACUAUCCUUCGUGCGUGUGCCAAAAUGGGAGCUUUGCAACAGGGCAUGGACAUUCAUCAAAGCAUAAUGGAAGAGGGACUUAUAUCAGAUGUUACGGUUGCAACUGCACUAGUAGACAUGUACGCAAAAUGUAGAAGCAUAGACAAGGCACGUGAACUGUUUCACAGAAUGCCUAAAAGAGAUGCCAUUUCAUGGAAUGCAAUGAUUGCAGGAUAUGCUCAAAAUGGAUUUGUUGAAGAGACUUCAGAAACAUUUAAGCUAAUGCAAUUGACAGGUGUAAAGCCAAAUUCUGCAUCCUUUGCCAGCAUCCUCUCUGUCUGUACAAAAACGGGAGCCUUCGAACAGGCUAUGGAAAUUCAUCAACGCAUAAUGGAAGGGGGAUUUUUGUCGGAUACUAUAGUUGGAAAUGCUCUGGUAGACAUGUAUGCUAAAUGUGGCAGCAUAGACAAGGCACGUGAACUUUUUGACAUAAAUUCUCGAAGAAAUGUGGUCUCAUGGAAUACCAUGAUUGCAGGAUAUGCACAGAAUGGAUUUGCUGAAAAGGCUUUUGAAACUCUUGAGCAAAUGAAAUUGGCAGGUGUAAAGCCAAAUUCCACAACCUUUGCUAGUGUGCUCUCUGCCUGUGCCAAAAUAGGAGCUUUGAAGUCGGGUAUGGACAUUCAUCAAAGCAUACAGGAUAGGGGACUUUUGUCAGAUGUUGUAGUUUCAACUGCCCUAGUAGACAUGUAUGCAAAAUGUGGAAGCAUGGAUAAGGCACGCGAACUGUUUGAUAGAAUGCCUCAAAGAGAUGUCAUCUCAUGGAAUGCAAUGAUCGCCGGAUAUGCACAAAAUGGAUUUGAUGAAAAGGCUUUAGAAACUUUCAAGCAAAUGCUAUUGGAUGGAGUAAAGGCAAAUUCCACAACAUUUGCGAGCAUCCUACCUGCAUGUGCCAAAACAGGAGCUUUGGAAAAGGGUAUGGAUAUCCAUCAAAGCAUAAUCGAUAGUGGAAUUUAUUCAGAUGUUGUAGUUGUAACUGCCCUGGUAGACAUGUAUGCAAAAUGUGGAAGCAUGGAAAAGGCACGUGAAUUGUUUGACAGAAUGCCUCAGAGAGAUGUGGUUUCAUGGACUGCAAUGAUUGCAGGAUAUGCACAGAAUGGAUUUAUUGAAAAGGCUCUAGAAACUUUCAAGCAAAUGCAAUUGACUGGUGUGAAGCCAGAUUCAACGACCUUUGCCAGCAUCCUCCCUGCCUGUGCCAAAAUGGGAGCUAUGGAACAGGGUAUGGUCAUCCAUCAAAGCACAAUGGAAAGCGGAUUGUUUUCAGAUAUUAUAGUUGGAAAUGCUCUGGUAGACAUGUAUGCGAAAUGUGGAAGCAUAAUCAAGGCACAUGAACUGUUUGACAGAAUGCCUCAAAGAAAUGUUGUCUCAUGGACUGUAAUGAUUGCAGGAUAUACACAAAAUGGAUUAGUUGAUAAGGCUUUAGAAGCUUUCAAGCAAAUGCAGUUGGCAGGUGUAAAGCCAAAUUCUACAACCUUUGCUAGCAUCCUUCCUGCCUGUGCCAAAAUGGGAGCUUUGGAACAGGGUAUGGACAUCCAUGAAAGCGUUUUGGAAGGAGGAUUUUCAUCAGAUGUAACAGUUACCACUGCCCUGGUAGACAUGUAUGCAAAAUGUGGAAGCAUAAACAAGGCACGUGAACUGUUUGACAAAAUGCCUCAAAGAGAGGUAAUCUCAUGGAAUGCCAUGAUUGCAGGAUAUGCACAAAAUGGAUUUUGCAAGGAUGCCCUCAAAAUAUUUGAAUUAAUGAAGCAAUCUGGAACACACCCAGACAUUGUAAGCUUUGCUUGUGUUUUAUGUGCAUGCAGCCAUGCAGGUUUGGUGGAUGAGGGCUGCACAUACUUCAAUCACAUGAGUAAAUCUUACUGCAUUACACCUACAGUUGAUCACUAUGUGUGCAUGGUUGACAUUCUUGGCCGUGCUGGCUAUCUUGAGGACACCCUAAACUUUAUCAUUAAGAUGCCAGUUAAACCUGUGGUGGUCGUGUGGAUGUGUUUUCUUGGUGCUUGUAGAUCACAUAUGAAUAUAGGCUUAGGAGUAUUUACAGCGACUCUGCUUUGCGAUUUGGAUCCUAAGAAUGCUGCGACUUUUGUUCUUCUCUCAAACAUCUAUGCAGAUAUGGGCAGGUGGGAGGAGGUUCAAAUGGUAAGGAGAUUGAUGAAAGAUAGAGCAAUAAAAAAGAUCCCUGGAUGUAGUUGGAUUGAAGACCAUAAAACAAUACAUGCUUUUUGUGUAGGAGACAGAUCACAUCCAUAGACACAGGAGAUCUAUCCAAGUUUGGAGUGAUUAGCUUGGGAGAUGAAGGCAGUGGGGUAUUUUCGAGAUUCAAGACAUUUACUUAAUGAUGUGGAAGAGGAGGAAAAAGAAUUAUUUCUCUGCCACCAUAGUGAAAAGUUGGCAAUUGCAUUUGGUUUGUCAAACACACCCUUGGAACAACUAUUAGAAUUGUAAAGAACCUUUGAGUAUGUGCUGAUUGUCACACCACAACAAAAUUUAUCUCCAAGAUUGUUGCAAGAGAAACUGUUGUGAGAGAUGCAAAUCAUUUCCAUCAUUUCAAACAGGGACAAUUUUCUUGCAGAGAUUAUUGGUGAUGCUAAAUGAAGCUAUCCCAAAAAAAUAGGCUUGUAUGAUAAUGUGCACCAUGUCACACCUGCAGUAAUAAUGAAGGGACAAAGUUUUAUUUUCUGUUUUUAAAAAGUUUUAAUCUAUGUUUCAUUUUUCUAUUGAAUAUUUGACAAUCUAGGCCAUGCUAUUGGCUUCGUAAAAUUAGUUAUACAGAGUGCAAUGCUGAUCACUGCUUAUAUAUACUAUUGGGGUAUCUGUUAAAGAUAUGUUUUAUGAUAAUAUGGAUAUUUCAUUGAAUCGUUUUCACCAAACCUGCAUAUGUAUGAAAUGAAAAGCUGGAGGAAGAGGAAGAGAACGGACAAAAACAAAAGGUGAGGAACACUAAAAGUAACUAGAAAGAAGUGACCAGCGGGAAAGGUGAGGAGAGCUCACUCUUUUAUAGUUCUUAUGUUGGAUUAAUUGUA